AUGGCGACGUUGGGAAGCGACUCUCAGCCUUUUCCCAGUCUUCCAGCCGGCACUCUGCUCCAUACACAGUACCAGCACCACCACCCCGCCACUGUGCCCGGAGUCACCAACUUCAGUCUCAACCUGCCAUUCAACCGCGGCUUAGAGAGAGCCCUGGAGGAGGCGGCAAACUCCGGAAUACUCAACCUCAGCGCCAGGAAACUCAAGGAGUUCCCCAGGACGACUGGCAGCCACGACCUGACUGACACCGUGCAAGCAGACUUUUCGAAGAAUAGGCUAACAGAAGUGCCGGUUGAAGUCUGCCAUUUUGUGUCACUAGAAGCACUCAACCUAUAUCAAAAUUGUAUCAAAGUUAUUCCUGAAACAUUAGCACAUUUACGGAUGUUAACCUACCUAAACAUAAGUCGAAAUCAGCUCUCAUCGUUGCCAGCCUGCAUAUGUGGUCUUCCUCUUAAAGUCUUAAUUGCAAGUAAUAAUAAGAUUGGUUUUCUGCCAGAGGAAAUAGGUCAACUGCAGCAGUUAAUGGAGCUGGACAUCAGCUGCAAUGAAAUAACAUCUUUGCCACAGCAAAUAGGCCUUUUGAAGUCUCUGAGAGAAUUAAAUGUAAGAAGAAAUUAUUUGAAAGUUCUACCUCAAGAAAUCGUAGAUCUUCCCUUGGUAAAAUUAGAUAUUUCCUGCAAUAAAGUGCUGAUUUUGCCACUUUGUUUUAGAAAAAUGGUGCAAUUACAAGUAUUAGUAUUGGAGAAUAACCCACUACAAUCCCCUCCUGCACAGGUUUGUAUUAAAGGCAAAAUACAUAUAUUCAAAUAUCUAAGUAUACAAGCUUGUCAAAUUGAAAAGACAGGUGAAUUUUAUCUUCAUUCCAUUGAAAGACCAAUUCUGCAGCAACAUGUUGAGGAAAGUAUCGAAGACAUCUUCCCAAUAAAGAAAGACUCAGACUCUGGUGUGGGCAGUGACAUUGGUGAGAAGCGUUUAUCUGCCUUAGAGCCUUGUGACGAAGAUUCAGCCAGUCCCAGUGUGCCAAUGUCAGAUAUAUUGGAAGAAGAAAAUCUUGCAAAAGAAGAGUUAGACCAGCAAUUUCAUAAUUUAAUGAAAGUUGAAUGUCAUCAAGAUUAUGUCCUAAAUUCUGCUCAUGAGUCAGAAAAAUCAAUGUGCCAGUGUAAAGCAGAUGUAGAUGCCACAUGCACGAAAUGUAUAAGUUACAGCCAGUCCAAAUCAGCUGGAUUUGAUGAACCUUUACAAAUACAAGAGGAAACUCCGUGGUGUAUACAAAACAGGAAACAUAGUUUGGAACAUGAAGAAAUAAAUGCAGGAAUGAUAGAACAGUUAAGAGAAGCAGUUGAUAUGUUACAAGAUCCUAUAAGAUUAAGAAUGGAACUUGAAGACCACACAGAAAUGUUUAAUGCACAGACUUCAUCUGAUCCAAAUCGGACUACAGUAAAUGGGCAAGUGGAACUACAGAUGUCUCCAAUAUUGCAGAUUGACACUCUGAAUGAGACUGAAGCAUGUCAUAACUCAGAGGAAGAGAAUGAAAAUAAUACUCCUAGCAUGUCUCCACUACACAACUCUGUGGCAUUUGGUCUGAAGUCUCGAUCAGACCCGUCCCUCACUCUUCCUCCUAUCUCCUUCAACAAAAUUACACAGGCACAAAAUUGGGACAGUUAUAACAUGGACAUGGCACCAGAAGGAGACAUUGACAAUGUUUUCAUGAGGCCACAGAGGAAUUUAGAGUCAGUGGAUCCCCAGUUUACUAUACGAAGAAAAUUUGAACAGAUGAGAGAGGAGAAAGAACUCCUAGAAAACCUGCGUGAGAAUAUUGAAAUCAGAUUAAAGGUCUGUCUUCCCGGAGAGCUGGGAUCAGCUUUGAUGGAUGGAGUUGUUCUCUGUCACUUAGUGAAUCAAAUCCGCCCCCGGUCAGUAGGGAGUAUCCAUGUGCCCUCUCCAGCUGUUCCCAAACUCAGUAUGGCUAAAUGCAGGAGAAAUGUGGAGAAUUUUCUAGAAGCAUGUAGAAAACUGGGAAUACCAGAGGAGAAGCUUUGUUUACCACAUCACAUCCUAGAAGAAAAGGGCUUGGUAAAAGUGAGCAUUACCGUUCAAGCACUGCUAGAUGUGACUACAACCAAGCAGGCCUUAUUUCUAUGAAACGACUGCAUUGCGUUUAACCCAACAGUGACACCAUGUUUUCUAAAGGCUGCCUGAAGAGAGUAAUGUGGAAAAAGGAAUUUUGCCUCACAGCGAGCCCCUGCUAAGGAGAUGCUGAGUGAACGCAAGACAGAAAUUUGAUUUAAC